ACCUCAUGGACUCAAUAUUCACUGCUGUUUAGCUGAAAUAUCAAUGGAUGCUUCAGUGAUCCCAAAUCAGCCGGUCUGUCCAAAUGCUGCGGACAGUCCGUCAGGGAUGUUGACUCAAAGGUGUUCUGAGAACAACCUGAAGUUUAUCUGUGAGCUUCAGUCUGGACCUGGUCCCCUGCAGAUGUAUGGUGUUGAAGAUGACAGUGUCUGUGUGGAUUAUGAGACGGUAUCAGUUAUCCUCCCUGCACAGUGCAGUGUCUACCAGCUUCGGCUUCGAAUCUGUAUGCAAGCACAGGAACAAAAUUGCCAUCCAGACCCAUUUGUAUUACUGGAUCCCAACUUAUACACCCUGCUGUAUUCCCGAGGAGAUGACUGGUAUGAGGCCUAUGAUGACUGUCAGAUUAUCAGGACAUUAGAUAUUCCUUGGUCACAUGAUGAAUCUCAGUGUCUCGUGGCGCACAUUGUUGUAAGACCGCUUGUGGCGGUUGAUUCUGAGGAGAAGAAGAGACAGCAGCAGUGUUUGUCUUACCUCAUUGGUCAUGACCUGGAGAAUGAAGCAUCUGAUAGGCUUGCUGAGCUCACAUUCACCCGCAGGAAAUUAGCAUCUCCAAGAAGGCAAGAGCUGAAGCUUCGGGAUGACAUCUUGUAUGCCACAGAGUCCUGGAUAACAAGUGCCCCAGUCCCAGAAGACCUCCAGGACUGGCUGAAAAGAAAGCUUCCUGUCACUGUCCAUUACAUGAGGAAAAUCAGUUUUAGCAUACAAGUUGAUUUCAAUGCAACACCAGAUGUUCUUCUAAAAGUUUUUAGAAGGGUGAUGACAGACCAGAGGGUUGAAUAUGACACUUCUGAUCAUCUGGUGUUAAAGGUUUCAGGGAGGGAGGAGUAUUUUUCUGGUGACCACACGCUCAUUGAUUUCCUCUGGGUCCGACAUUGUUUGAAAACCAAUCAAGAUCUCCACCUCUCUGUGGUUCCUUUCUUAUGCCUUCCAUCAGAGACUGUCAAGUUUGUGGACUGGCCACUUGUGGAUGGUUUCAGUGGGCAGUUCAGUUCCCAUGAUGAUCUUAGUCUCCAAGGGAAGGAUUUGGAUGACAUUUUCAUGAUAUCUUUGUGGGACUGCAACAGAAACUUCAGAGUCAAGUUGUUUGGCUUUGAUAUCCCAAAGCUGCCAAACAAAUGCCCCAACUCUGUCUAUGUUGAAGCUUCCAUACUUUAUGGUAACAAGGUUCUCUCUUCAGUGUCCUCUGGUCCCAAGCCUUUUGCAGAUGAGGUACUUUGGAAUGAGUGGCUAGACUUUGAUGUUCUUCUCAGGGAUCUGCCACGUGGGGUCAAGCUAGGUCUUACAAUCAAUGCAAGUGCUAGUGACAUCUCGCCAACAACCAAAGACCCAAAGCAAGCAUCAAUCAGAGACUCAAAAGCAGUCAACAAGACAACAGACCCACAGAAAGGGAAGGGGAAGGUGCUCUAUUUUGUCAAUCUUCUCCUCAUAGAUCACAGAUCUGUCCUCAGCCAGGGUCCCCACACUCUGCACAUGUGGUCCUAUCCUGCCCCUGAAGAUGAAGCCAUCACAUACCAGGCAGAUAAACUGUCCUCUGCCUCUAACCCAGACAUAGUCGACUCCAUGGCGAUCAGCUUUCUUUUAGACCGUUACAGUUUUCCAGUAGUUCUUCCAAAUACCUUCGGUUACAACGAAAGCUCUGGCAGUCCCACCUCUGAGGUUUCACCCACCAAAUCUGCCUUCUCCCAUGCAGCUUCAUCAUCACCCCCACUAAUCUCUUCCAUUACUGAGUCUUCCUCUCCACAUGAUAAAUCUCUUCAGGCCCCAUCAACUGAUGCAGUGACUCUCAGAUCUCCAUCUCCAGUCAUCAACACAAAGAUGGCUUGCCUCAAACGGUUCCGGGAAGAGAGCAUCCAAUAUGGCUCCAACCUUCCCCACUAUCUUCGUAAUGUUGAUUGGAUGAAUCGUAGAGCGGUUGAGGAUGUCCACUGGCUACUAGGAAACUGGGAUCCAGGUGAACUGGAUCUAACUGUGGCCCUGGAGCUGUUAAGUAUGGAUUUUGCUGAUGAGACAGUCAGGAGGCUUGCAGUGCAGAGGCUUGAGGGCUUGUCUAAUGAUGAUGUACUGAAGUAUUUGCUGCAGCUGGUGCAGACCCUGAAAGUGGAACCAUAUCAUAAUAGUUUCCUGGCUCGGUACCUCAUCCGAAGAGCUCUGCGGAGCAAAAGAAUCGGCCACUUCUUCUUUUGGUACGUCCGCAGUGAGGUGGCAGGGUGCCCAUACUUUCGCCAGCGUAUGGCUGUGAUUUUAGAAGCCUACCUGCUGGGCUGUGGUCAGGCAAUGAUUGACAGCUUUAUGCAGCAGGUUCAGGCUGUGGAGGUCCUACAAGAGGUCACGUUCACCAUUAAGGGACUCUAUCCCGACAAAAGCGACCUUCCUGCUACAGCUCCUCUGACGCUCCAGAAGCUCCUUAGAAACAACAAUCUGCCAAAUGAAUUCCUGCUGCCGUUUGACCCUCGAGUCAAAGUCGGAGGAAUCUUGCUGGACAAAUGCAAGGUGAUGGCUAGUAAGAAGAAACCACUAUGGCUGGAGUUUUCUCCCAUGCCAUCACCCAUUUCUAGCUCACCAGUUGGAAUAAUAUUCAAACAAGGAGACGACCUCAGACAGGACAUGCUGAUCAUUCAGACACUGGUGUUGAUGGACUCCAUCUGGCAGGAGAAAUCACUGGACCUUAACCUGAUUCCAUAUGGCUGCAUCUCUACAGGACAUAACGUUGGUAUGAUAGAAAUUGUGAGAAAUUCAGCAACCAUUGCUGCAGUCCAGAGGAGCCAUGGAGGAACAACUGCAGCCUUCAGAAAUGAUGCCCUGUUUGAGUGGCUCAAAUCCAAGUGUCCACUACAGGAAAUACACUACAAGACUGUGGACAAGUUCGUAAAGUCCUGUGCUGGUUACUGUGUGGCCACUUACGUCCUGGGUAUAGGGGAUCGGCACAAUGACAACAUUAUGAUCACAGAUCAAGGGAACCUUUUCCACAUCGACUUCGGCCACAUCCUGGGAAACAGGAAGCACUUCUUGGGUGUAAAAAGGGAGCGUGUGCCCUUCGUCCUCACACCUGACUUCCUGUAUGUCAUGGGGAGGGUCAAAGGUCGCAACAGCCUCUACUUCCAGAGGUUCAUGGACACCUGUACCCAGGCUUACCUUUCCCUCCACUCCCAUUCUCACCUGCUGGUCACACUCUUCUCCCUCAUGCUGCUCACUGGCAUCCCAGAGCUGAGUGCUGCAGAGGACAUGCGCUACCUGCGGGAGGCGCUCCAGGAGGACCAAACUGAUGCUGAAGCCAAGGAGCAUUUUCUCCAACAGAUCUCUGUGUGUGAGGAUCGGGGUUGGACUGUACAGGCCAACUGGUGGAUCCACAUGGUGGCAGGUAUUAAGUAGUCUGUGAUCUACUUUGCUUCAGUGCUGGAGAUAUCCAAUGUGCAAGUGUCUUUGUGGAACAUUGGCUUGGUUUUAUGCUUAUAGUGUGUAUUGUUGCUGUCAUAUCAUUAAAGUGACUAGAUAUAUGCUGAUGAAGACCAGAAAGAGCGUUCAUAUUCUAUUAAAUUUGGUUGUAAUAUUUGGUGAUUGUGUUUUACCAAUUCAACAUGUUCAUUAACCCAUUUACAAGUGUUACAUUACUUCAUUAUUACUUUUUUUUUUACAUUACAUUGUUGUAUGAACUUGUCGAGCCUUGGUUUGAACAGUGGCUCUUCUGUGUUGAGAUUGCAUGUUCUCCUCAUGUGUGUGGGUUUUCUCCAGGUACUCCGGCUUCCCCCCACCAUCCAAAGACAUGCAUAUUAGAUUAAUUGGUUACUCUUAAUUUUCCCUAAGAGUUAGUGUGAGUGGUUGGACUGACUCUCUUGCUAAUUGCUGGGACUGGCUCCAGCCACCCCGAAAUCCUGAAUUAGAAUAAGUGGUAUAGAAAAUGAAUGAACUUGUUUUUAUAUUUAACCCAUGUCCUUUCUAUCAUCUUUCCAUUCCAUUUUACUAGUUUCCUGCAGUAUAUUAUUUUAUUUUAGUUUUCUGAUUUUAUAUAAUUCUUAUCUUAUUUAUCUGUUUUUUUUUUUUUAGCUUAACAUCUUUUAUUUAAAUUCCCAGUUUUUUGUGUCCCCAAUGGUAUUGGUAAGGAUUAGUACUACGCUUAUAGGGAAUGUAAUUUUAUGCAUGUAUGCAUGAGAUAUGUCAUGUAUCUGUGACUUGUAUGUUUGGUUCUUUAUUGGUUAUGAUGGUUGUUUUCUUUUUUUUUGUCAUGUCUUUAAUUUAAAGCACAUUGUGUUGCAAUUUGUUUCAUAUGAAAAAGUGCUCUAUAAAUGAAGAUUGAUUGAAACUAAAUUCUUCCCUUAAGGAGGACUGGAGCACAAUAUUUGUUGAAAAUGUAAAUGGCGCCAAUAAAAAUGUGAU